CCUUUUUAUUGGUUCUUUUGCUACUAGGCAUAAACCCUUCUUGUCCCCCUGUCUCUCGGCCUCGCGAAGAUCCUAACCCUGCUUCUUCGGUAUUCUAUAUGCAUUACUACUCACGCUCACAGAAGCAUUUUCUACGUGAAGCAGGUUAAUUGGAAAAGGGACGUGGAAGACGAAGAGAGGAAGAAGAUCGUUCCUGAAGGAAAGAGAUGAAGAGGAAGGACCAAAAUUAAUACUUAACGAGCGAUUCCAGAUUUCUUCUUUAUCGGAAAAAAGACCUUCAAAGAGUUAAGUUAGGCUUCUUUAUCAAGUUGAGUCUAGAGAUGGAUGGCAAUACUCAGAAGAGCAAUAGAAAAGAUCCAGCUUGGAAGUAUUGUUAUUUGUGAGAUCCCAAGAACACUAAAUCUGUCACUUGUAAAUUUUGUGAAAAAGUGACAAAUGGAGGAAUAUUUAGAGCAAAGGAGCACAUUGUUGGUGGUAGGAGAAAUGCUAAAAAAUGUAACAAGUGACCCAAAGAUGUUAGAGAAGAGGUUUUAACAUACAUGCAAAGAAAAAAAUCCAAGAAAGAUGGCAUGGUUGGAAUGCAAGAAGAGGACAAUAAUGACUAUGAAAAUGUAAUUAAAGAUGAAGAUGAGUUAGGUGAGGAGGUUCAAGGCCUUGGUGGUGGUAAGCAUGGAAAAUAUGUAUCUACACCUACUGGUAGUGGUAAUGAAAAUGCAAAUCCAAUAGUAGGUUCUAGUCCUUUUGCCUCUAGUGGAUCAUGUUCCAGACUAACCAUAAAACGACAAUAGGGUCUUUUGGAUGGAUUUUUGACCACACCUAGCCCAGAACAGGUCGUGGAUAUGAGAAGAGUUAAGAAAAGAAUAAAGUAAAACACCAUCAAUGAUACACAUAAUAAAGAAUGGAGAGAGCUAGUCUCUAUACGUAUUGCUAGAUGGUUUUACCAAACCGGUAUUCCUUUAAAUACCAUUUGCUUGAAAAGUUUUGAAGCCAUGGUAGAAGCAAUUGGGCAAUAUGGACCAGGAUUAAAGAUCCCAAGUUACCAUGAAUUGCGGGUUCCUUUUUUAAAAAAGGAGGUGGAUUACACUAAGACAUUGCUACAACAUCAUAAGGAGACGUGGGAAAGGUGGGGUUGUUCUCUUAUCCUUGAUGGGUGGACUGAUAGGGAAGAUAGGGCCCUCAUAAAUUUUUUGGUUCAUAGUCGUGCUGGGACUAUGUUCGUAGAAAACAUUGAUGCUUCAAGUGAUGUAAAGAGGGCUGAGAAAUUGUUUACUUUACUUGAUAAGAUGGUUCAAAAAAUUGGGGAGAAGAAUGUACUUCAAGUUGUUACAAAUAAUGCGCCAAAUUAUGUUUUGGCUAGGAAGUUUUUGAUGGUGAAGUAUCCUCAUCUAAUGUGGACUCCGUGUGCUACCAAUUGUCUAAAUUUGAUAUUAGAAGACAUUGGGAAGCUACCCGUUGUCAAGAGAACACUUGAGAAGGCAAUAGCAUUGACGGGGUACAUUUAUAACCACCCUGGCUUACUGAACCUAAUGAGGAAGUUUACAAGCCAAAAGGAAUUGCUUAGACCAGCAAAAACUCGUUUUGCUACCUCUUUUCUUACAUUGCAAUGUAUAUAUGAACAAAAGAAGAACUUGUGGGAUUUAUUCAAUUCAAAGGAAUGGAGUGAUAGCAAAUGAGUAAAAGAAGUGAAAGGUAGAAUGGUAAGGGAGACAGUCAUGAUGCCCUCAUUUUGGAAUAAUAUCAUCUUUAUAAUUAAGGUGUGUAAUCCUCUUAUUCACGUCUUACGUUUGGUAGAUCGUGAAAAUAAGCCAUCUAUGGGUCAUAUUUAUGAGGCUAUGGAUAGGGCAAAGGAGACCAUUGCUAAUGCAUUUGGUGGUAACAAGGAAAAAUAUGAAAGCAUUUUUGAGAUUAUUGAUAAGAGGUGGGAGUGCCAACUUCACCAACCAUUGCAUGCAGCUGGUUUCUAUUUGAAUCCACAAUUUUAUUAUGAUAAUGCAGAGAAAACUGAUACGGACGAAGAGAUUGUAAGUGGGCUUUAUAAAGUAAUCCAAAUGCUUGAAAAAGACAGGGACAAGGCAAGCUUAAUCAUUGAUGAAUUAUCUAAAUAUAAGAAUGCAGAGGGCAUUUUUGGUUUUAAUAUGGCCAUUUGUCAGAGGAAGAAAAAAGAACCAGCUGAUUGGUGGAUUACAUUUGGUGCUUCAACUCCAAAUUUACAGAAAAUUGCUGUCAAAAUUCUAAGUUUAACAUGUAGUGCAUCUGGUUAUGAGCGAAAUUGGAGUGUGUUUGAGCAUAUUCAUACCAGAAAAAGAAACCAAUUGGAUCAAAAGCGAUUAAAUGACUUGGUGUUCGUUAGGUUUAACCAAAUGCUCAAAGAAAGUUUCAACUCACAUAGUAUUAUUGAUCCCAUUUCUUUAAAAGAUUUAGAUGAGAACAAUGAAUGGUUAUUGGGAGAGAUGGCAUCUGAUGGUGGUGGGGCAAAAAAUGAUUUGGUGUUUGAUAAUGAUUCAUUGACACAAGGAGAUGGAGAUGGUGCACUUUCUUCUGGAGUUGAAGAGUUGGAAGAAGAGAAUAUUGAUGACUACAGAUCAGAUGAUUAUGAAAAUGAAAUUGAAUUUUCAAGUGAAGAUGAAGAAAAUGAUGAAUGAGACUUCAAGAAUGGAUACACAACUGCUUAUUAUAGUUUAUAUUUUGUAAUUUGUAUUCUUGGACUGUACUGAUGCUCAUGUCUAUCAUUUUUUUAUAUUAACAUAUUGGCCUUUUGCUUAA